AUAUAUAUUUAUAUAUAGUAAAAUAGUAACAGUAAUAUUACUGCUGCACCGAUAUCUCAAAGCUGGUCAGCUCGCUCUCUUCUUUUCUUGAAGCCCAAGCUCUCUCUCGUUGCCGAUUUCGCUUUCAGUUCUACAAAUGUCUCGAAGAUAUGAUAGCCGCACCACAAUCUUUUCCCCUGAAGGUCGUCUUUACCAAGUCGAGUAUGCAAUGGAAGCUAUAGGAAAUGCUGGAAGUGCAAUUGGUAUUCUGGCCACAGAUGGAGUUGUAUUAGUUGGUGAAAAGAAAGUCAUAUCCAAACUGCUUGAAACAUCAACAUCAGUUGAGAAGAUGUACAAGAUUGAUGAUCAUGUUGCCUGUGCUGUGGCUGGAAUUAUGUCUGAUGCCAACAUUCUUAUCAACACAGCAAGGCUCCAGGCCCAGCGGUACGCAUAUGCUUACCAAGAGCCAAUGCCAGUUGAACAACUAGUUCAGUCUUUAUGUGACACCAAACAAGGUUAUACACAGUUUGGAGGGCUUCGCCCCUUUGGUGUCUCGUUUCUGUUUGCGGGCUGGGACAAAAAUUUUGGCUUUCAGCUUUACAUGAGCGACCCCAGCGGGAAUUUUGCUGGUUGGAAGGCUGCAGCAAUUGGAGCAAAUAACCAGGCUGCACAAUCUAUCCUUAAGCAGGAUUAUAAAGAUGACAUCACUAGAGAAGAGGCCGUACAGCUCGCCAUAAAGGUGCUCAGUAAAACCAUGGACAGCACAAGCCUUAACUCGGACAAGCUUGAACUGGCUGAGAUAUUUCUGUCUUCUGGGAAAGUGAAGUUCCAGAUAUGCUCAGCCGAUAACCUCAACAAGCUGUUGGUGAAGUCUGGAUUAACCCAACCUUCACCAGACGCUUAACCAAUUUGAUUUCUGGACAACAUUUCUUAUUGGCACAAACAUUUGAUGUUAUUGUACUCUAUUAAGACUUAAGGUUCAAUUCUUCAAUUAAAAUUGGAAGCGGGGGCCUCCAGGUCUCAGCUUUUGAGCUGCUUGAGGAAGCUGUCCAAUUUACGCAUUUGCUUCUGCAGAUGAAUUGGCAGAAAUGGGAGAUACGAACGUUGUUUGGAGCAUGAAUUAUGAAUCUAUGUUGUUUGUAGUGAUACCUUACUUUUCCAACUGAAUUGCACAAAUUUGCUA